GAACACCACGAGCUAGCGCGUCUACUUCACAGGCCAGGCCAUUAACUCAACUGCCAAGGGGUCCAUUGUACCAGCUGGGUCAUGGAUCUCUCCCGCCUGAAAUCUGACUCCACCCACCAAAAGUCUGAGCCUGCAGGUCUAGAUUUCGACUCUGCUGGCCAAGAUUAUUUCUCUGCAGCCCAAGAAUUCGACUCUUUCUACCAAGAAUUGAACCUAGACUCUCUUAAUGAAGAUCUUCUUUCCCAGUUCAUGCCACAUGCCAGGACAGAGACCUCUGUGGGCACAUAUGAAUCCCACUCGACUUCUGAACUGGAGGAUCUGACAGAGCCUGAGCAAAGAGAGCUCAAAGCCAAACUCACUAAAUUGGAGGCUGAAAUUGUAACCCUACGCCAGGUACUAGCAGCCAAAGAUAGACGCUGUGGGAAGCUCAAGAGGAAGUUAGGCUUCACAGCUUUGGUAGGGCUGAGACAGAAUCUAUCCAAGAGCUGGCUUGAUGUUCAGGUCUCCAACACCUAUGUGGAACAGAAGGUGUCAGCUGCUCUGUCCACCAUGGGCACUGCCCUCUGCAGGAAGCUUGGAGGCAUAAAGAAGUCGGCCACAUUCAGAUCUUUUGAAGGUCUGAUGGGGACAAUCAAGUCCAAAGUGGCAGGGGGCAAAGAGCUUGGCCCUGACUGUCUUUCUUCUGCAGAGGGUGGAGAUGAUCCGCUCUCAGUUUUGGGGAGUGGGGAAGACCCACUCCAGAUUCCGGGGAGUGGGAAUGAUCCACUCCCAGUUCUGGAGAAUGAGGAUGACCAGCUCUGCUUUCUGGAACCAGAAUGAGCCCCCUUGGUAACCUUGCCUGGUACUAAACCAGGGCAAGAACCCCCUUCCCUCAUUACAUUUGCAACUCUGCCCAACAAAAACAAGCAAGUAAACCACAAUGGUAAAGUGGUUAAUUCCGGAAAUUGACAGGAUCCAGUUUUGAGAAAAGAACAUAGAUAUUUGCUGCUCUUAAGAUAGAGAACCCAAAGUUUUGUACCUGGUUAUUUUGCACUUAAGUUUAUAGACGAAAUGUGUCAUUAUAUUAGCUUUCCUGAGACUGUAUCUAAUGGACAAGUCAGUGACUCCAGAGGGGUCUUAGCCAAAGCCCAAGCUCUCUUUUGGAAAACUAGUCUAUUAGAAAGCCAAAGUAGAUUUCUGUUUAAGCUUGAAAGAGGUAUGAAGUAAUCUGUAGUUUUUUGUUUUUUGUUUUUUUCCCUUCCUCAUUUCCUUCCUUCCCUCAGUCUCAGACAAAGUCACCUUGAAAGCUCCACCUGGCCUACAACUUUUAUUUAAAAAGAUAAUCAAGAAAACUUCAUCUUCUCUGAGACCCAGAAAAAGAGAGUAAAAUAGUAAUAGUGCACUUAAUGUUACAUUAUUAAUACAGGUUUUGUAAAACUUGUUUGUUUUCAAAGCUCUGGACUAAGCAAAACAACAGCAUCAGUUUAGGAAAUUGUUACUACUUUGCACACAAACUGAAAUUGCAACUUUGCCUUGUGCUUUAUUUACAAUUUCUUUAUAUAUCAAAAUGAGUGUUUUAAAGUUUAACCCUUGAAGCAGCAUGUCUUUGCCAUAGCAGCACUUCACUUAAAAGGAAGAAAUUGCUUCUCUGGCAGUAAUUCCUAGUUAGUUACCACCUCCAGCUGAGGGGCUGGAGGAAAACAGGUAUAGCCAAAUUCAAGAAAGAUACACCCCUGUCUCAAGGAACAUUUUAAAAAGAAUGUCUGUCCCCUGUGAGCUGGCUGUUAUGUCUUUGAAUGGACCUAACUAUACAUUUUUGCUCUUAACUCUGCCCUUCUUUUUAGGUAACCCUAAAUGAGAAGGAAGCAGAAUAUAACCCUCUGGAGAGCUCAAGACAGUAGGAACCUGGACUGUGUUUGUUUCAAUUUUCUGAUAUCUGAUUUUCACAGGAAUAUACAUUUUUAUUGUUUUCCUUUUCCAUUUCCAAAAUGCCAAGAUCUGGGAGCCUCUUUCAUUCCUCUAGUCACACUGCCUGCGAUAGAAGUUAGUGUCUUAUUGGCUGUGGGCAGAGACUAGGACUCUUAUUUGCUUGGGUACAUUUCAGUAACCUCUCACUGCCUAAAAUAGUAGUCCCUCCAGCCUAAGAAGAUGAUUCUGUUUUGUUGACUCUUGAAUGCUCCCCCAACAUUCCUUUGGUUUUCCUAUAAGCAAAACCAAAUACCACUAUAAAUAUAAAAGCAUUUGGUAAACUGUAAAGUUACUCAUGUAUCCCAACCCUCUACAUUUCUGAAGACAAAAUUUUGCUUGGAUUAAAACAAGAUGUUUUACUAUUUUGCAUGUUUGAUUUUUAAUUUGUUGUGUUUAUCAACCAAAAUGGCUUUGUAUGCUGAAGAACAAGAGGCGAGCCUGCAGCAUACAAGAAAUGAAAGUAGUCCAACAGGCAAAGGCUUUGACAUAUUUCAGGAAAGCUUGUGUUAGGGACAAUCUCAGACUAUUAUCAUGGGCCAAACCUGAGAGAUGUUAUAUUUUCUUUAAUAAUUUCUAAAAUAGUAGUAAGUUUCCCCAAUAAAUUCUCAACUCUGUAAAA